GUCCUCAUUCACUCUCUUUGUCCUGGUCUGCAAAUCACCUUGCUAGGUCUCAUCGCAAUGGGCUUCUGUUUCUCGAAGUCACAACCACACCGUGGUCAUGAGCUAGACUUUGGCCAUGUCCCAGUCGGGAAUGCUUCGCACACCAUAGGGCAUACGCAUAGCGGCAGUCAAGCUCCUCUCUUUUUCCCAUCAGACGAGGCUUUGCCCGCAUAUCCGGCUGAAGAAAGAUCGAAGGCUAAUACCAUCCGCCUCGUCCAAGAAGCCAACAAGGAGAACGCUUUCCGACCGCUCCGGCAGAAAGGAUACCAGGCGUACAUGGACGAGAACCCCAAACAGGAUGCUGAAGCCCGGUCUUGCAUAGAAUUCGUUGGUGCAUUUCUCAGGCUUCUAGCGGAAGCAUACGGGUGCGAAAUGAGCUUCUUCUUCACCAGCUGUAGCAACAGCGACGGCGUCUACGUCUCCGAGGCAAAAUUCCAGAAGGCCCAGGCGCUGGAUCAGCUUUUCGAGACAUCGCCUGGGACCAAGCUGCAGCAAAUUAACCUCGUCAUCGAUGAGAAUAAGAAGAAGUCGGCCAUGGAGCGUAUGUCGGAUGACGAAAUGCACAAGCAGCUACUAGACCAUAUUCGCGAGGAGAAGAUCGGGUUCUGGGAAGGUUGGAGAGCCAGAAGUCUGACAAUUGAGCAGCUCCUCACUGUCUACAAGAAAGCUAUCGAGAAAGCGGAAGCUCAGCCGAAACUCCGGAAUAGCAUUCGCUUCACCAUCGAGCGGUCCAUCGCAUUGCAGUCGCGGUUGUCUAACAACAAGACGUCGCAUCCUACCAACAUCAUCUUGCUCGCAGCAUCCCCCCUGGAACCCAAGGAAGUAGAACAGAUCAAAAAGCGUUUGAAAGCCGUCAAAGGAGGUGGUUCCGAGUUUUCCAUCCAGGUAGUUCUCUUCGACGGCAAUCUGUCAAAAGACGUGGCGAGAUUUCAUCGCCAGCUAGACGAGCAACAGUCAGGCGCAAGAGACAUAUACAGUACUAUCUCCUUCAACGAGGCUAAGCUGCUUAGCAAAGGCUUGAGCUCACUUGCCCUGAAGACGAUCUUGAAUGGUCACUCCAAAGAAGUCGCUCGGACGAAGCUCAGCGCGGACCAAAAGUACGGCAUCCACGGGGGCGCCUCACUCAACCUCCCAGCAGUGGCCGAACUACAGAAAGCUCUUGGACUUGAGACAAGCCGUCCCGAGGAACAAACUCUUGUAUUUGGCGAUGUACAGGCGCCCGUAGUCGACUUGAAAGAGGCUGGAGACGGAAAGGUCUAGGGUCAGCUCCUAUCUACCGCUGGUGGGGUCGUUGCGAGCACUAGACAGAUUUU